CUUACCAACCCAGACGACGGCCGGUUCGAGGUUUUGAACUCACAAAUCACCUGCGGCUGGAUGACAUGUGUCCAUGAAGGGCUACAACGGAUUUCCUUCUAUGAGGAAGACGGUUCGUCGGGUGUCACUAUAUCUCACGACAUCGUGCAUAUCGCCGGGUGCUUAUCGAACGACAUGAGUUUCAGCAGAAGAUAAGUCUACAGCGUCGUUGGAUGAUGUACAACUCACGCUCAUUGGGGAGAGGGACAGGACACAGGCAGUCUGAUAGCCAGGGACAAGGAGCGAGUCCGACUCGGAAGUGCUGAGCGGUAGAUCAUAGGAGACUACAAACGUAUAAAGAUAGACUGGUUGCCCCGCUGCUUCGAUGAUAAACAGCCUUCUCAGCUAUCCAUAUUCAAACAACUUGUAGUACGACCUCACACAGGAUUCUACCAUAGAACAUGGCGGCUUCACCACCGACAAUCUACCUAGCGGUCAGCCAGAAGCACACGCUCUCCACUACCCCGGAAACACUCGAAGCUCUGUCUGAGCAGUGCCAGAAAGCAUCCAAGCAGGACCCGUCUCCCGAUCUGAUUCUCUUCCCCGAGGCCUACAUCGGUGGCUACCCGCGAGGAGCUACUUUCGGUGCCGCGGUGGGAGGCCGUACCCCCGAAGGCAGAGAACAGUUUCUGAACUACUUCAAGGAUGCUGCAGACCUAGGGGACACUCCCGAAGGCGCGGGGGAGAAGUGGGUGAAGAGAGAACUCGAGGGCCAAGAGGAGGGCGGUGCGGGUCGAGUCCGGAGAGGCGAUGGCACCCGAGAGUACCUUGAACGGGUGGCUAGAGAGACCGGGAUAUUUAUUGUCACGGGAAUCGUGGAGCGAGCAGGAGGCACUCUCUACUGUGCCGUUGUCUACGUCUGUCCCAAGCUGGGAGUGAUUGGCAAACGGAGAAAGGUGAUGCCAACAGGAAGUGAGCGCCUGAUCUGGGGCCAAGGUCAGCCGUCCUCACUCCGCGCCGUGACAACCAGCCUCAGGGGCGUCCCGAUCACGCUCGCAGCCGCCAUCUGCUGGGAGAACUACAUGCCGCUUCUGCGACACUCGCUCUACAGCCAGAACGUCAGCCUUUACCUGGCCCCGACGGCGGACACGCGCGACACCUGGCCGGCCCUCAUGCGAACGGUCGCCUGCGAGGGGAGGUGCUUCGUCCUGAGCGCGAACCAGUGCCUCAAGAAGCAGAGCCAGCCCGCCUGGGUCUACGGGGAGAAGUCCGAGAGCGAGGAGUUCGUGUCCACCGGCGGGUCCUGCAUCGUGUCUCCGCUGGGACAACUCCUUCAGGGGCCGUUGUGGGAGGAUGAGGACGGCAUGCUGACGGUCGGUGUCAACUUCGACGACUGCGUCAGAGGCAGGUUGGAUCUGGAUGUCGCUGGGAGCUAUUCGAGGAAUGACGCCUUCAAGCUGACUGUCACUGGGCUUGAUAUUAGCCCUCCACUGUGAGCCAUACUGGCUACUUAUCGCACUGGCUUGGGAAAAUGCUAGGAAAGUUUAGACCGAGGCACACUUUAGCAGUGGGAUGAAAGUCCAAAGAGGUCAUGAUUUGUGCGGGGAUGUCUAGGCGUUGGCUGUUCUUGUCGUUUAUGCUGUUGUCCAUAUUUAGACCCAAUGCGAUUGAGGACUGAC